AUGACUCUUCGUUUAAGAUCCACCACCUACACCAUCAAAACUGAAAGUGCCUUAUUCGUGAAACAGAGAAUUAUGACUAGAUGUUCAGCGCCGAGAGAAAUUAGUGUCAGUGAAGAAACAACGGAGAAAAGUGGAAGAAAAAGUCCCAAAUCGCCAAUUGACAUCAAGAAGGCGUCGAAAGUGUCCCCAUUGUGCUGUAAGAAUGGUUCGGAGUGCCAAGUGGCCGGUAACUGUGUCUGCAAGCCACCUAAGCCAACUGGACUCAAGGAGGAUACCCCAACUAGCUCGAGGGAAACCUAUGAUGUAUUCCUCGGAGGCUCAUGCGGUACUACGGUGUGGCGUCGACAAUCGGUUAUUCCAUUCCUCAAGAAGAGAGGGAUUACCUACUACGAUCCACAAAGAAGCUUCUGGAGUGAAAAUAUGAUCUACGAGGAGUCAAUUGCGAAAGAGAGCUCAUCACUAUUCCUAUUUGUCAUCGACCCUGCCACUGUGAACGCCACCAGCUUUUUAGAAAUCGCCUACUUCGCCGCCAGAAAAUCCCCAAAACUCGUUGUUGUCUUCCUAGGAAAAACUGAAUGGGCCGAGAAAGCACACCCUGACGAUCUGCCGGAUAGGAACCGAACAUGUCAACUUCUCGACAAGAUUCUGGAAAGCCAUCAAGUUCCGAUGCUUCACACUAUCCCUGAUGCCUUGGAGUUUAUUGAGGAGGAGAUGUUGGGACGUCAAAGUUUAUUCGAAGCCAUGAAAUCGAAGACCAACCGAUUGCCCUACAUCCAGAUCCGAGCUCGUCGAGCGAUUCGAAAUAUCAAGGGGCUCACUUCACAAACCCUGAAGGUGUGCAAAACCUAUGCCACAAAAACUUUUGUCACCGGACUCAUCGACACCGCUGUCCUUAUUGGCAUCUCUUUUGCUUUCCCUGCUCUUCCACUCUUCUUCAUCCUCAUCCCACUUCUGAUGCUCAACGUGGUAUUCUUCGGAGUCGUUCACAAAGUACAAUCCCUUCGCAAAAGGUACCCGAGAAUGAUUGCCGAUUCUUCGGCAGUCAUGUACCAUGCAACUCCAGCUAUUCCAUCUCCAAGAGUCACCAUGAAAGCUACCAACGUUAAUGGAUCCAUCAGCUCUAAAACUGUUGUUCGCAGGCGAUCAAAGCAAAAUUUUGAGCAGUACUUCCCAGAUGAGGGAGCAUCCAGUUUCAUUGUUCCAAGCUCUUUCUUGCCGAAGCAAGAGACCAAGGUCAACAUCGACUGCUCAGUUGUCGAACUUUGCUCGAGCUCACCAGAUGAUAACAGCUGGGUUCAAGAGUUGGCUGCUCCGGCGUUAGACGGAAAAGGCACACCAUACUCGUAUGUCUUGGCCACCCCAAACUUCCAGCUGGACAAUCGCAUGAACUGCCUCCGUACUUGGUUCCAUCACCACAAGAAAUUCUUCUACUACAUUCCAUCAACAACCACCUUCCUCUCAGGAAUGGUCGAGAUCGCCUACAUUCUCGGUCAUACCAACUGGGAAGGAACCGUCUGUGUCCCAGCGACUUCUCAAAUCCUCGAAGGUCCAGAUGACAUGGUGGAAGAUGAAAAGGAUCACGCGAGAGCUGCACGUCGUCGUCGAAACGAUUGCUACCAGAUUGCAUUCUGCUAUUUGAAGGAUAUGGCCAAACGUCGUCAAUGCCGCGUGUUCACUGACAUUGGAAUUGCAGUCAAAGCCCUUGUUGAUCCAUCCAUUCGUGGAGUCUAA